CACAGCGAACGCAGUUAGUUUUUUGUGCGAAUCUUAGACGGAGUGUCGCAAACCACGAUCCCUAGUGGUGGGCCACCAUGGAGCGAUACCUGCGGUUCUACAUCAAGUUUCAGGGCUACAUGAUCGGUGUGUUCACGUUGGUGUUUUCGGUGCUCAUCACUAUGGUCAUCUUCAACACGAACAACUUCACCUACCCGUUGGAGUACUACUACAACUACCGCUUCAUGGGCGCCGUAGCAGUCCUGCUGGGCGUGAUGUGGUUCGGGGCUGGGGCCGCCUUCCUGUACGGUGUUUACCGCGAGUCCAAGCAGUGCCUGUUGCCGUUCGCGCUACUGUACCUGAUCGAUCUGUUUCUGAUCGCGAUCCGAGACAUCCUUAUGUUGUGGCACGACAAACGUUUCUACUCGAUGGUGUUUACAAACUUGCCCUCUGCGUUUGUAACGUUGUACAUCACUUGCUACCUGCUGAUGACGUUGAUUGCCCUCUCGCGACUGUUCAGUACCGAUCCGAAGCCGGAGCCGGGCUCCAACUUUAUUCGGUUCAACAACGGCAUCCAGAACCCGAUCACGGUCGAGGAAGAAGCGGACGAGCUUCUAGUAGAAUAAGGCUAGUCAUUGGGCCGGGCUUCCAUUAAAUUAAUUCCUCCAUUUUGAGCAGUUAGAUCUACCGAGUGGAAGGCUUCCAAGAACGCGUUAGCGCUAGAUUGCAGCUUGCGAGGCUUGCGUCGAAAUCGUUAUCAACAGGCGGCGACGUGUUUACUGCUCACAACUACCACAUACCGUUCUCACGAUUGAUAGCGUUAAAUACAGUGGCCUCAGUGGUACCCAAACUAGGGGCCCAGUAAACAAACGAUCCCCGUUGU